AUGUCAUUGCUGGCAUAUGUGUUCUGUGCAUCUGCUGUCUCUUUUACUAUGAGAAUUCUGAUUUUUUCUGUGCUGUUCUUUCAGAAAGAAAGAAGUGUGAAGAAUGCUGCAAGACACAUUGUCUCUGUGUUUCUAUGCUGUGUGCUGCAGAUUACUCAAUCUGAUGAGACUGUUGAUGAUUCUGACAAUGAUUACUCUCUGUCUGUUGUCUCCACCUCCACCUUCUCCAUCAUCUGGAAUGCUGAUAGUGAUGAUAAUAAUGAUGAUGAUGAUGAUAAAAGUGCCAUCAAUGAGAAUGGUGUUGACUCUUCUCAUGAGAGAAGUUGUGCUGUAUCAGAGAGCUCUGAUGGUGGAGCUGUCAUCUCUGAUGAUGUAUAA